CCUCAGAGUUGAUCUUACGAUAUUGGGUUGCUGACUUUAAUAAAUAAUGUUUUGAUUUGACCUUAACGGAGACAUUUCUUCGAUUUUGACUUUAGCUUUGACUUAGGUGCUUGUAUAGGUACCUAACCUACCUAGAGGUAGGUAUAUAAGUUGGAGGUGUUUGCACCUUUAGGUAUCUGGCUUCCCCAGCUUUCCCGCACGGAUAAAACUUAUGUCCUACCAUUUAAACUCUAACCUACGGACUACCACCAUAAAUGACCCGGGACGUAACUGCUUCAUCAGCUCUCAGAUAAAUGUACGUCGCACAGCAUUUUCUGGGGUGACAUUGACAUGAUACCUUUUCUUAUCCUUCUCCUUCCCCUUCCCCAUUCCUAUCACCAACGCACGAUUAAACGAAUGGGACGACUAGACAAGUAGAAGCACGAAAGAACUACAACUGCAACAUGGCCGACUCCAGGAACAAGGGUGUCGAGCGGACCAAUGGAACCAGCUCAGGCCCAUCUGGCUUCCAACCACAGGCCAAUAUGACAGUCGAGCGCCCCAGACAGGAGGACUUGCAACAGAGUUAUGCGUCCAUCGUCGGUACUGAUGCCAACCCUAAGGGCUGGUAUGGAUCGAUGAUUAAUGCCAUCGGCUCUUGUGUUGGUUCUCUCGGGGCUAUUCCCUGCAUCAUUUGCUGCCCCAAUCCCUAUAAGCAAGUCAGUCAAGGCAACGUGGGACUUGUCACCAAGUUCGGGAAAUUCUACAAAGCUGUCGACCCCGGCCUUGUAAAGAUCAAUCCACUCAGCGAGAAAUUGAUCCAGGUUGAUGUUAAGAUCCAAAUCGUUGAGGUUCCCAAACAAACUUGUAUGACCAAAGAUAACGUCAAUGUUGAACUGACGUCGGUCAUCUACUACCACGUUACUUCGCCGCACAAGGCUGCAUUCGGAAUUACCAACCUACGACAGGCCCUUGUCGAGCGGACACAGACAACCCUGAGACAUGUCGUGGGUGCGCGCGUCCUACAAGACAUCAUCGAGCGCCGCGAAGAAAUCGCGACGAGCAUCAGCGAAAUAGUUGAGGACUUGGCAAGGAGCUGGGGAUGUGAAAUUUCCGCUAUCCUCAUUAAAGAUAUUUACUUUUCUACUGACCUUCAGAAUUCCUUAUCCAUGGCAGCGCAGAGCAAGCGUAUCGGAGAAAGCAAGAUCAUAGCGGCGAAAGCUGAAGUAGAAUCGGCCCGGCUUAUGCGUCAAGCAGCAGAUAUCCUGUCGUCCGCGCCCGCGAUGCAAAUCAGAUACCUAGAAGCAAUGCAGGCCAUGGCAAAGACAGCGAACUCAAAGGUUAUUUUCCUCCCAGCCGCGAACCAGACGAUGCCAAAUAUCAACAACGCCAUGGCUCAGGCGGCUAAACAGUAUGAACUCGGCGAGUCGAGUGGGACUCAGGAUGACGACGGGUUCUCACAGGCGGUCAAUGCUCACAUCAUUGAGAAUAUCUAAUGAAGAUGUCCUUCCUUCCCCUCCCCUUUGAUUUCGAAUUCAUGUCGAAAUAUUGUAUUGUGUAUUUCAAAUUCCUAGUUAAUGAUCGACAAUGAGGCUGUAAUGAUGGAGAUUGCCUGUUAUUGGGCUGACAUACCCCACGAAAGGGUCUUGCUGGCGGCAGACCAAACGAAGGACACAUAUACCCUAAAAUGACGAACCAUAUGAGAAGAUGGUUGAUGUGGCUGAAUGGAACUGGUUGGCCUGAGGAAAGGCGAUUACCGAUACCCGUUACGGAUACACAUCGUUCGCUCGAGAUCCGGUUAUUGUUGCGCUUCUGUUUAUUUAUGUAGGCUUUUUUUUUCUUUUCUUUUUUCUUUUUUCUUCGUGCAGAAGGUUCUGCUGCUUGGACCUAGUAAGGAAAUAUCAAAAAAUAUGUUGUACCGAUUCACUUCAAUGCCCAUGCCUGGUGUAAUUUAUAGUGAUUAUUUAUAUAUACGAGAUAUUUCAUUUGUGA